AUGGUAGUCAUUUACCAGCAUCCAGGAAAAAGACUUGAGAAAACUGUACGUUUCCUUCAUUUCUUUCGAAAUUAGAUAAUAUUUUAAGGUACGCAAUGACGGCGUUGUCAGAAGAGUCCCGCUGAUUCUCUCCAUCGCCGAUCUUAAAGUAAACCUACUGGCCGAUCUGCAACGUUGACUUCUUUCGAGUUUUUCAGACACACCCAAAGAUUCCAAAAAGAGUGUUCAAACCGAAGUGGAAAGGCGAGUUUAUCGCUCGGUACUCGAACAACGAAGCAACUGUGAGAACGGCGGCAGGGAGAGUCUAUGAGGUUUUGAAAUGAACCUAUUUCAAUUGCUGUACAUAAUUGCUGUAAUAUUUCUUUUUCAGGUGGUCCGAAUUGGAAUCAGAAGUAAUCACGGGCAGCCUACAGUCAAAAUCUUCUUCGCAACAGAAAAACCUGUAAGUUUCUCACAGUGUUGACAGAACAAAUGAACGUAUUUUAGGUGUCUGCCAAGAACAAAUCUCAAAGAAGCGAGAACAACCCAAACCAGACUGACACAGUUGCUGCCAGAGUUUUCAUUGACCUUCUCGAAGAGACGGAUGACGACGUAACACCCACGGAUAACAGAGUCAUCAAGAAGGGAAGGGACGAGUCGUGGAAGUCGUACAUACAAAGACUGCAGCGAGAAAUUAGUAUUGCAGCAGGCGAGUCUUUUUAUUUCGUGGCAACAACAACUUUGAGUUUUUCAGACAUACGUGAAAGGCAAUCUAGGACUCUGCACAGAAACAGAUUAGAGAUAAGGCGGUACAAGCAAGGACUAGUGACAUUAGAGAACGAGAGAAGACUGACUGCUGAAAUGAAGCUGUGUGCUGCCCAAGGACGUUCUCAAUAUGAAUCGCGCAAUCAAAUGAUGGAAAAGAAGAAGAUGAACGAGAUGAUUCAAGAACUGCAGAGAGAAGUCGAGCGUCUGCGAAAACUCAACUAA